AAUAAAUAAAUAAAUAAAAAAUGAAAAUGAAAAAGAAAGCAUUUUUGAGUUUGAGAGCUUCGGAGACUUGGGCAAUUCUUUUCCUCUCCUUUUCCAAAUUCUCUUUCAGGGAUCUUUGAAGAUUUUCAUCUCAGCUUACCACAGCUGUACGGCAAGUACCCAACAAAGUGUUUGAAGAAACAACAGAAAGGGAGGAUUAGUAUUGAAACCAUUGUGUGGUGCCGUUUGGGGUCUGUUCCUGAUCUCUUUAAUUGAAGCUCUUGAAGUUUGAACCACCUUUUUGUAAUAAAAAAGAGGAGCGCGCUGGAGAGGGAAUACUUGGGAUCGAAUUUUCGAUCAAGGAGUGGAUUAUGUUUUGGAAAGAAAAUGGCUGCAGGGACAGAUACCCCAUCUUCACUUUCCAUGUUAGAUGGCAGUUACAGAAAGAACGUAACUGUUACAAGGGACGAGAAAUCAAAUACUUUUGAGAACAUGAAGCAAUCCAACAUCGGCAAACCUCCUAGGCAUCUUUCAGCUAUUAGGAACUGUGUCAGCUCUGCCCAGUUGGCUCCUGCAACUGAAGUGGAGUUCGAUAGUGGGAUUGUUAGCUCAAAAUCCUCGUCAGAUAGUAAUUCACCAUUUGUACCUAUUUUUCGGUCCGGAAGCUGUUCAGAGAUUGGACCGAAACAAUUUAUGGAGGAUGAGCAUAUCUGUAUAGACAAUAUUCUUGAACAUCUAGGAUCUACUGCAGACUUUCCUUCUCCUGGAGCUUUCUAUGGGGUUUUUGAUGGCCAUGGUGGUACAGAUGCAGCUUCUUAUAUCAGAGAGAAUAUUUUGAGGUUUAUAGUGGAGGAUUCACAUUUCCCUUUUUGUGCUAAGCAAGCUAUUAAGAGUGCUUUUCUAAAGGCUGACCAUGCUUUUGCUGAUAAUGGUACUCUUGAUAGUUCCUCUGGUACCACUGCACUUACUGCCCUUAUCUCUGGAAGGACGAUGCUAGUUGCCAAUGCUGGAGAUUGUCGAGCUGUUCUGGGAAGAAGAGGCAGGGUGGUGGAACUUUCCAAAGACCAUAAACCAAAUUGUGCUUCAGAAAGAGUAAGAAUUGAAGAACUGGGAGGCGUGGUGUAUGAUGGAUACCUCAACGGCCAAUUGUCAGUGGCACGAGCACUUGGAGAUUGGCACAUGAAAGGGUCCAAAGGUUCCUCUUGUCCCUUAAGUGCAGAACCGGAGCUUGAGGAGACAAUUCUGAGUGAGGAAGAUGAGUUCUUGAUCAUAGGUUGUGAUGGACUGUGGGAUGUGAUGAGCAGCCAGUGUGCCGUCACAAUUGCAAGGAAAGAAUUGAUGCUUCACAAUGAUCCUGAAAGAUGCUCCAGAGAGCUAGUUAGAGAAGCUCUCAAGCGUGAUACAUGUGAUAACUUGACCGUCGUAGUGGUAUGCUUCUCCCCAGAACCACCGCCUCAGCUUGAGAUCCCAAAGUUCAAGUUCAAGAGGAAUAUAUCAGCAGAAGGUCUGAAUCUUCUGCAGGAGGUACUAGAUAGUAAUGUAUGACCAGAUUAGAUGCUCAAACAUCAUGUUUGUGGAUGAUAUUGAUUAUGAUUAUUGAAGGAUCAGUCUUUUUCUCUCUUUUA